UAAAUUACUAUAUGUUGUCAAAACAAUAUCCUUGGAAUGUUAAUAAUUACAUUGAAGGAGUAGAAGGAAGAUCAAAUAAUUAUACUGAACUUUAUGACAAUAUAAUGAAAGGUGACCUAGGUUUCUUCACAUUUAGAGCAAUUAGAAAUGACAUGAAUAUUAGUGAAAUUGACACUAUUAUAGAUUUUAUUCUUAAAUUGUGUCAGGUAGAUAAAAAUGAUAGGAUAUCAUCUAGUGAAGCAUUGCAGCAUACAGUGUUUAGUUAA